AUGACAGCAGUUACAACACUUGUGGUCGAGGGUUUCUUAGUAGGGAAGAUGAAGGUGAUGCUAGGAACCGCUAGAUCUGGGCAGACACAUCAACGAUAUCAGUUUCCAUAUACCGGAGUCGUUGAAGUCAUUCUCGUACCAGACGUCAGAGUCGCCGCCUCGCUGGAGUCACCACUGUCUUUCUUUCUCUGUUCGUCUUCUCCGGUGGCCGUUAUUUGUUCUCCGAUGAUAACAUUUUCCCUUCAAAUUGCAUCAAAUGAAUCCAAAUUGGCUGCGUUGGAGGGCUUGGAGCAUCGACAGGUCAAACCAAAUGAGUUCCCUUGUUUUGAUCAUCCCGACGGCGGCGGCGAAGAGAAGAGAUCCCUUUCACCAAACCACCUACCGAUCCAAAUCAUAAGAACCUAA